AUGCCGGUAAUGGCUAGCCGUGGAGAUGAGUCGCAGGCAGGAAACCACUCUCUCAAUCCCACAGCACCCUAUGAUGUCGAGAAUCACCGUGAGAGGAAGGACGUGGUUAAUCUGCUGCCCGGCCGCAUCUGGCACAUCAUCUUCCGCCACCUGCUGGACAAUCCGGAUGACCCCUGGGCCGCAUGGCCGUGGGGAGCAGGCAGCGCCUCGUAUGAGGAGAACACGAGGCGCCUCGGCGCAUCAUGGCCUGUGCUGUGCUGUGCCAUGGCCAGCACGAGGCUCUUCCGUCAUGUCAUCUCCUUCUCCGAGUGCGAACCCAUCCAGCUGGUAGUGGACGCACGGGAACCCCGGCUGGCAGGAAUGCUCUCCUUCCUCCUCAGAAACGCCGCUCACACAUCCCUCAAUCUCCAGCUCAAAUCCUCCGACGACCUACCCAUCCUCGCCCGUCUUUUGGAGCCGGUCGUGCGCUCCCUCACAGGCCUGUGCCUUGACGUGCGGGACUCUCCCGGGCCUUUGCUGGAUCCGGCCUUUCUCGGGGAGUUUCAGCAGCUGCAGCAGCUGGAGCUACGCCUUGGGAAUUGGCUCCUGGGCAACCUCAACCCAGCAACGUUCCAGGCUCUAAGGAUUCUGAAAGUCCACCUUUUGGAGUCCAGCAGAAGGGACCUGUCCUUUCUCGCAUCCGUCUCACCACAGCUGCAUGAAUUCGCUCUCUCCUCCUCCAGCAUUGGUUAUAGCAUCCUUAAAUUCAAGUUCACUGCUGCACGAGCUAUUACAGUCUGCUUUGAGAGGCAAGCGGUCAACCUUCGCUUCGCCCUCCCUCCUUCUUUGAAGUCCUUUUCUGCCUCUGCGCAUUCUCUUAACGUCCACUGCACAUGCAACAGCCCACUCUCUCUCGACUCGUUCUCCCUGACUGCCCGCAUGCAGCUCAAUAUUUCGUCGCUCCCAUUGGCGUCCGCCAAGUCCGUCUACAUGAACGCUCAAACCACCCAAAAUCUCGACUCCCAGCUUGCCUUGACGCAGCUGGUCAGCAACAUAGCGCCGACAGUGGAGAAGCUUAUAGUGAAGCAUGACUGGCCUUUGCAGAACGUGCACGUGGAGUGGAGCUGCCUGCGCCGCCUUGCCAUUGUCAUACCACUGGUAGCGGGAGGGAUAGGAGCGGUGCAAUCUGGUCACAACGUGUUACAGCGAUAG